CAAAAUGUUUGGGUCGGAGGAGUUUACAAGGCCAAAAACUAGAAGUAAUUGUAGAAGUAAGAACAACACAAGAAGUAGUUGGUUGAGUUGUUGGUUGGCCUCCCAUUUGAUCAGUCGGUUAUUUCCAAGCCUCCUUCCUUCGUUUUCUCCGCCCCUUCUUCUCCUCUUAUACUUUCUCUCCCUCACUCCCUCAAUUUCCAUCUCCCCCAUUUCUUCUCUCUCUCUCAAUACCCAAAUUUUAUCAUUUCCCAAACAAAGACAGAGCCACUGAAACAAGGGGAGAGAUGUCCUUCUCUGCCACCAAUUUGGCCCAGCCCCUCCAACUCAACACCGCCACCCCCAGAUCCAAUGACAAGCCCUCCUUGUUGUUGCCCAAGACCUCAUCUUUUCUCGGAUCCACCCGCAACUUCCGACCCACUUCCUUAUCUGCUAACCCCAGUCACUCGAAUGCCCACCGUCGAUCCGCUGUCGUUGCUGUCUCCGAAGCUGUGAAGGAGAAGAAGCUCCAUGCAUCCACCAAUCUGCUUAUAACAAAAGAGGAAGGCUUGGAGCUGUAUGAAGACAUGGUAUUGGGUAGGUCUUUUGAGGACAUGUGUGCUCAGAUGUAUUAUAGAGGCAAGAUGUUCGGGUUUGUUCAUCUUUACAAUGGCCAAGAAGCUGUGUCAACUGGGUUUAUCAAGCUUACAAAGAAGGAAGAUUCAGUGGUGAGCACUUAUCGUGAUCACGUACACUCCUUGAGUAAGGGUGUACCUGCUCGUGAGGUGAUGAGUGAGCUCUUUGGAAAGGCCACUGGUUGUUGCCGAGGCCAAGGUGGUUCAAUGCACAUGUUUUCAAAAGAGUACAAUGUGCUUGGUGGGUUUGCAUUUAUUGGUGAAGGGAUACCAGUAGCAACAGGUGCAGCAUUCUCCUCUAGAUACAGGAGGGAAGUGCUGAAACAAGCAGACUGUGAUCACGUGACAUUGGCCUUUUUCGGAGAUGGGACUGCUAAUAAUGGCCAGUUCUUUGAGUGUUUGAACAUGGCAGCAUUGUGGAAAUUGCCAAUUGUUUUUGUUGUGGAGAACAAUUUGUGGGCUAUUGGAAUGUCACAUUUGAGGGCUACUUCUGAUCCAGAAAUUUGGAAGAAGGGCCCUGCAUUUGGUAUGCCUGGUGUUCAUGUGGAUGGGAUGGAUGUUUUGAAGGUGAGGGAGGUGGCAAAGGAGGCGAUUGGAAGGGCCAGGAGAGGAGAAGGGCCAACAUUGGUGGAAUGUGAAACAUACAGGUUCAGAGGACAUUCAUUGGCUGAUCCCGAUGAGCUUCGUGACCCUGCUGAGAAGGCACACUAUGCUGCCAGAGACCCCAUCACAGCCUUAAAGAAAUACAUACUUGAGAACAAUUUGGCCACUGAACAAGAGUUGAAGGCCAUACAUAAGAAGAUUGAUGAGUUGGUUGAGGAUGCCGUUGAGUUCGCAGAUGAGAGCCCACUUCCACCUCGCAGCCAGCUGCUCGAGAAUGUGUUUGCCGAUCCAAAGGGUUUUGGAAUCGGCCCUGAUGGCAGCUACAGAUGUGAAGAUCCUAAGUUCACUCAGGGCACUGCUCAUGUCUAAUCUAUGUUGGACCUCUAGCAAUCAACGUGUGCUAGCUCUCUGUUCCUAGAUAUAUGCAUGGUGUUAAUUUUUAGUUACUGCUAGCAGUUACUUUGUCACGUAAGAAGAUUGUAUCAGCUUUAUCUACUGUAAGCAGGAAUAUGUUUGUUAGUUGUUUCAGUUUUGGUCGUUAUACCGCUCAUUUUAAAAUUAUCCUUGUUUUUUUGUAUUGGCAAGCAAAACCCUGUUGGGAUGUUGGCUCUUUGUUUCCAAUUUUAUUAUAUCUACACAUAAUUA